AUGAACAAAGAGGAGGAGCCCAUUCAAGAGCCAUUAAUUUAGGAAAGUAGUUAAUAAAACAAAGGAAAAGGUCAGAGAGGAAUGUCUUAAAUGUCUGCAUUGACUGAAGAAACAAAGAAUGAGACUCAUAUUUAUGAAAUUCCAGAUCUGACUAAUGUUACCCAAAAUGUUCUUUGUAGGUUAAUAGCUGUUUCAGUAGUUUGUGUUGUAUUUUUGAUUGCAGAAGUUAUAGGAGGGCUAUGGGCAUAAUCACUAGCCAUAUUAUCCGACGCAGCACAUAUGUUUUCUGACAUGAGUGGGUUUUUCAUAUCAAUAUUUUCAAUUUGGCUUGCUUAGCGACCUGCUUCUUAGAAAAUGUCAUUUGGAUAUCAUAGAGCGGAAGUAAUUGGGGCAUUGGCAAGUAUAGUAUUGAUUUGGGGACUGACGAUUUUGUUAUUUUAUGAAGCAACCGAGAGAAUGGUAAAUCAGACUUUGGUAACUGAUCCACUGAUAAUGUUGAUAACAGCAGGAUUUGGAUUAUUUUGUAAUUUAGUAAUGGCAAAAGUAUUGCAUUCUUCACCAACAGGGGGACAUGAUCAUGGAAAUAUUAUGCAUUAAUGUAGUGGACAUCAUCAUGGACAUGGACACGAUCACAAUCACGGACACGAUCAUAAUCAUGAUCACAAUACUCAUAAUGAAGAAAGUAAAAAGUAGAUAAAGAAGAAAUUUCAAGUUAAAUAAAAACGAUCUAUGGUCAGUGAGAAUGGAGUAAGUUUGUUAAUCGUUGAAUAAUGUAUUGAAUCUGAAUCUAGUUCUAAUAAGAGCAAGAGCAAUAAAACAAUUGAAGAGGCCAGUAGGGAAAGUAAGUAAUCGAGUAAUGGUAAAUAAAAUUACUCAUAAGAAUAAGUUACUUAAUAAUCAAAUUAAAAAGAAAUUGCAGAUCAAAAUAACUCCGAAAGUUGUGAUCACGAUCACUCCAAAUAAAUAGGUUCUGAUGAAUUCAUAAGCUAAAAUAACAUAUCAAAAAAAAAAAUAGAAAAUAAAAAUUAGUCAGACUAGAGUCAUAGUUGUUCUCAUGAUCACACUCAUAGUGAUUCUCACGAACACGAUCAUGAUCACGACCAUCAUGACCACGAUCAUGAUCACCAUGAUCACGAUGAAAGAGAUGAGCAGACCAAGAGGAGAAAAAAUAAAGUGAAAAAUCAUAAUCUAUCAGAAAUCAAUGAACAUGAUAAUUAUAAUUUGAAAGCAGCUAUGAUUCAUGUCAUAGGAGAUAUCUUACAAUCAAUAGGAGUUUUAAUUGCUGCUAUAUUAAUUUAUAUAUUUGGCCAAAAAAAGGAUGAAAACAAUGAAAUUGUAUUCACUUAUUGGUAAUAUGCUGAUCCUCUAUGCACAUAUUUGUUUAGUAUUCUGGUUCUCUUUACAACAUUCGGAGUUGCAAAAGAAUGCGUACGAGUGUUAAUGGAGGGUACUCCAACAAACUUAAUCAUCGAGGAGUUUCGAGAUAGACUAAAUGCAAUUCACAGAGUAAGGGAAGUUCAUGAUCUUCAUAUUUGGUCUUUGUCUGUAGGAAAGCCAGCUAUGUCUGCCCACAUAGUUUGUCUAGAGAACCCUGAAUAUGUAUUAAAGAAGGCAACAAAAUUAUGCAGAAAAUUUGGGAUCUAUCAUUCGACCAUACAGAUUGAACUCUUAGAUAGAUAGGGAGCAAUUGAUUACAUUAAAUGUAAUCAUAACUUGCAUAAAUGA